UAUUGAAGUCUAAAAAUUAUAUAGCUGAUAAGGGUGUGAUAUGGUUGGAAGCCAUCACCGUUAAUCCGUCCCUCUCAUCGGUCAACACAAUAUUUUCUCUGCUAAACGCACUGUCUAACCGCCACCGAUUUAUAGGUCUUUGAUGUUGACAUUAUAAGCUGGAGAUAUUGCACAAGCUUCACCAUUUUCUUGGGCAAUUAUGAGAAGCUGUAAUCAAUCUGAAGGAUGAACCCUGGACUAGUUAGUCUACUUUGAUUUUCUAAGGAAGAAAGGGUUUUAAUAACAUUAGAUUUUUGUUCAUAGUCAUAUUUUCUGAUUUCCGGUAGAAAAUGGCUGCUGAAGAUGAUAAGAAUCUUGUUGAAAUUUUGGAAAACCUGAACCCGGUAGAUGUUGCUAAAUACAUGAAUUUUGUCAGUGCCCCCCAAGCUGGUGCUAUAGCUACAUUUUCAGGCACAACACGUGACAGCUUUGAAGGAAAAACAGUCUUGGAGCUGAGAUAUGAAGCUUAUGUUCCAAUGGCAAUACGCUGCAUCAAGUCAAUCUGUUCAUCUGCAAGAGCAUCCUGGAAUCUACAUUCCAUUGCUGUUGCUCAUCGUCUAGGCACAGUGCCGGUGGGUGAAACAAGUGUCUUUGUCGCAGUCUCAUCCGUCCACAGGGCUGAUGCACUAGAGGCUUGUAGAUUUCUGAUAGAUGAGGUAAAAGCAACAGUUCCUAUUUGGAAAAAGGAGGUCUAUUCAAAUGGGGAGGUUUGGAAGGAGAACAAUGAGUUCCUAGAGAGGAGGUUCGAGCUUGGAAACAAAGAUGUAAAUUGUUGUGGAAAAAAGGCAGAAACUAAAGAGCACAUUAAAAAGCCCUGCUGUGGGACUAAGGUCAGGGUUGAUGAUGAAGGUAGCUAAGGCUAAUAUCAAUGUUGAGAAUCAAAUAUACAAGAGGGUAAUUAAAUAAUUGUAGCUUGAAGAAUGUCUCUGUUCCUCCCUUCCGUUUUGCUCAAUCUGUUGAUUGUAUUUAAACUUUGAAGGUAAUAAGUUUUCUUAUCAAUAAUUGAGAUAGAUAGGUCACUGAGAUAUCUCAUUCUGUCAUUUUGUUAGUUUAUUGUGAACAACUGUGACGAUGAAAGCAAGCAUUUGAUAGUAAAUGAUUAAUUCCAACUCAUAAUGAGUUCAAUGA